UUUAAAAAGUUAUCGUUUUCCUUGUAAAAAAAUAAAACAUUUAUUGGGUGAAUUUGUGUAAGCAACGAAUAAAAUGAGUCGUCGCAAAAGAAUGAAGGCGGAUCUGGAGGAAAAAAUAAAACAGGAUGAUCUUAAACCCGAUAUUACAGACAAAAUAAAACCAGUUAUUAUGGAUAAAAAGCCUUCAGUAUCUGGGUCUUCAAAAAAUUCCAAAAAAGAAUUUAAAAAGGAAAAAGAUCUUAAAAAGGAGGAAAUAAAAAAAGAUAAGGAAGAAGACAAAAAGAAAGAUGUAGACAAUGAAUCAGAAUUAGAUGAUCCCAUUAUAAAGGAAUUAUUUACUGGUUUAGAAGGGGCAGCUUUUCAAAGUCGUAUGCCCUUUGACAAGCUAACUUCUACAGAAGCUGCAUGUUUCCCAGACAUAGCUCAGCUGCAUUACAAACAGUGAAAGUUUAUCUAAAUAUUCGUAACCGUAUAUUACAAAUGUGGCUAGACGACCCCAAAACAACAACUAAUAGUAGAACAUAUAAUUGAAAAAAUGGAGGUUCCAUACAAUAGUGACUUGCCCUUGUUACACAGAAUCCAUACUUUUCUUGAAAGGAACGGGUUUAUAAAUUUUGGUAUUUUUAAGAGAUUAAAACCUAUACCAACUAAAAAACAUGGAAAAGUAAUUGUUAUUGGAGCUGGAAUUGCUGGCUUAGCUGCCGCUCAGCAAAUGCAACAAUUUGGCCUGGAUGUCAUAGUUUUAGAAUCUCGUGAUCGAGUUGGAGGAAGAAUUGCUACAUUUAGAAAAGGAAAUUAUAUAGCAGAUUUGGGAGCCAUGGUGGUCACGGGCCUUGGUGGAAACCCUGUCACCACCUUAAGCAAACAAAUAGACAUGGAAUUGCACAGGAUCCGUCAAAAGUGUCCUCUGUACCAAGCCUGCGGCGUCACAGUGGACAAAGAAAAGGACGAAAUGGUCGAGCGAGAGUUUAAUAGAUUGCUUGAAGCCACAUCUUAUUUGUCCCAUCAACUAGAUUUCAAUUAUGCUGGGAACAAACCAGUAAGCUUGGGACAAGCUUUGGAAUGGAUUAUCAAAUUGCAGGAAAAACACGUCAAAGAGAAACAAAUCCAGCACCUGAAAUCGGUCAUUUCGCUACAAGAGCAGUUAAAAUUAAAUCAAAACAAAUUAAUCGAUAUCAGGGAACAAAUGCAGGACUAUCAUACUAAAUUAAAAGAACUAGAAAUAUUGGAAAAUCGCGAUAUUCAAAUGGAAUUUGCAUACCGCAGCAAUAAAAGGGAUCUCAAUACUUUGGCUACAGAGUGGGACGAACUCCAGCAACAAGCUAAGGAAAUUGAACAGAAACUAAAUGUUUUGGAAUCUUCACCCCCAAGCGAUGUGUACCUUUCAAGUAAGGACCGUCAAAUACUCGACUGGCAUUUUGCAAAUUUGGAAUUCGCAAACGCCACACCUUUAUCGAAUCUCUCCUUGAAGCACUGGGAUCAGGACGACGAUUUUGAGUUCACCGGAAAUCAUUUAACAGGUAAGUUUUUUACCAUUUUUAGGAUUGGUAUUAUAUGUAUAAUACAAGUAGAAUAA